UUACAUACAUAUAGAAAUGUUCCACGCUAACGGUCUUCAUUCAACCCCUUUGUGCACAGAAGUGCACAAAUUUUCUCAAAAUCAGAACCACCUCGUCAUUAUUAUAUAACUUGCUUAAAAAUGUCGAAUUCUUCAAUCCGUCAAUUCUUCAUAAUUUCACUCUGGUUCUUAAUCCCAUGGAAAGUUUACGCUGCAAAAGAUUCGAUUGAACUUCUAAUCCCCAGCCGUCUCAACGAUUCUUCCCCCCUGACUGAUUUAUCCCCCGAAUUACCUGAACCGCUCCCUGCAUGGUCUAAUAACGCUACCCGACUUUGGCUAACCUUUUCCGCCGAUAUAGUCGUUUCCGUGAAAGAUACUUCCCAUGAUCCUGCCGAGGUGUCGGAGACAUUCAUUUUGCGAUCUUUUCUACCCGAAUCAUUCGACAACUAUCGAAGAUACCCUUCCAUUUCGAAGAACAAUCAUUCAUCCCUUAAUGAUACAAUCUUGAGACAAAAACGAUCCCCUAUUUCGACAGAGGGCGGACAAAUUAAACUCAUGCAGAUCGUAAUUCCCAUCCCGUACACAAACCUGGACCCGCAAGCGACCGGGAUGGAGAGCCCGAACCGGAAAAAUCUUCACAUUUCCGUUCGAUAUGAUCCCCAAGCUGAGCAGUACUGGAUGCACAGGGUCUUCAUUCAAGGAGUGGUGCCAGGAUAUGGAUCCUAUUUUGAGAUGACACCCAAAGGCGUCCGACCAGCCAGGGCGGACGUGGGCAACCAAUCCUAUUGCGCUGAAACGGCGUGGUUUCUUGACCGAAGUUAUAGCUACCGUUUUGUGGAGGUCAUUUUCAAAUCUCUAACUUUUCAGCUGGUUCCUUCUAAUAAUUUGGAGGAACUGAGUAACUUAAACUUUGACCCUACUGAUGUUUGAGCUCCAAGUGCCGGGACUGAAGAUGACGUGUAUAUGGAUGAGGACAAAAGGCUAUCUUUACCAUCAAUUCUCCUAGUUAUUAGUGGAACGGUAGGAAUUCUGCUGGUUGGAGUCUUCUGUGUUCUGACUGUGUACAAGCAUCGAUAUAAUAAGGAAUCGAAAAACUUGUGUGUCACAAAAUAUGCUGAUAACCGUGUUAACUACAUAUAACUAAAGAAAUAAACCAUGAAUACAUAAAUAUGCA